AUGCCAAGAAGCAAAUCUCCUAUCGUGGUUCCACAAAAAAAGGUUUGCUUGCAGAAGGCUGAAGUGUUGGUCCUCAGAGCCCACCUAGAAGACUGGAAGUCUGUGAAAGGUAAAGAAAGAUUGAGGGUGCUGCUUGCCAUCUACAAGGAAGCGUCCCUCCAAGCUCCCACCAAGGAAAAGGCCCUGUUGAAAGCUCGGCGAAAGAUUUACAAGCAGUGGUUGCAGAACCAGUCUCGCCGGAGAGGAGCUGCAAAGCCCCUUAUCAAGUAUGGCCGUCAUUGGACGGCGAGGCAAGUCUUGAUUCACACACACAAAGCCUCGAUUCGACAGGAGACGGGAGAGAUGGCUGGAAGCGAGGGGAUGAUUACCAAGUGGCCGAAGGCAGCAAAGACAGUCAUUAAUCGUUUGUCGGCGGAGGAGAGAGAGGAAGCGGAGGCCAAGGCUGGCGUCAGAGCUGUUUGA